UCUCCCAGGAGGCCGGAGCAGUUGGUUUCUCCCUCCAGCCGUGGAUCCCCCUGGCCAAAGCACGUCCCCAGCGGGACUGGGCGCCCGCAUGCAGAAGAGGAUGGGCGAGGCGGUGGCCCGGGUGGCCAGGAAGGUGAACGACACGGUGGAGAACAAGACGGAUUCCCUGGAUCUGGCCAACUGCAAGCUGAUGACCUUCCCCGUUGGCAUCUACAAAGCCAUGAGGAGCGUUACCGAGGGAAUCCACUGCAUCUCCCUGGCAAACAACGAACUGAAGUCCCUCACCAGCCGAUUCGUCACCACCUUCAGCCAGUUGAGAGAACUCAAUCUGGCAGGCAACUACCUGCACCGCCUGCCCGAGGAGGUCACCUCCCUGCUGCACCUCCGGGCCAUCAACCUCUCCCGCAACAGGUUUCGACGCUUCCCUGAGCCCCUGGCUGCUGUCACCACCCUGGAGACCAUUGACCUGGAAGAGAACGAGAUCACAGGUGCAGCUGGGCCAAGGGAUGGCUUAGAAAAAGGAGCAUGGAUUUGGCAGGGGGAAGGGCACACAAGUGCAGAGGAGGUGCUAAAGAGACAGAGCCUCGCUAGCCACUUGCCUUUGCUAAAUCCUUGGUCUCCUGGGGCGAAGCUGUUGCAGGCAUACGGGGUAAAUCAAGCCCCAUUCAAGCCACCCUAUUCACCAUGCUGGGAUAUGGCUCUCAAUGACAGCUCCAGCUGUGACUCAAAAUCACCAGAUUUAAUAAAAAAUAGACUUGCUUGCAGGACUCGGGCACUCUACUCUCGCCCAGACCCAACUAUGCUGGGCUGGGAUGCUUGCUGCUGGUCAAAGUAAGGACACAAGCCUACCUGAACAUUUCAAAUAGGAGUCAUUGCACUACAAAAUCUCUUAAAAAAGUGAAAUUAAAGAGAUGGUAAUAGCCGCUCAUGCCUCAACGCUGCAGCUGGAGGAAAAUCUUUCAUGUGCAAAGCUGAAACCUUUGGAGUCCCCCAAAACCAGGCAAAAGGGGCAGCUGUUGCAGAUAGAUAAAAGGGUGUUUAUUUAGGAACGAGCUUUCAAAGAGCUGAGGCUGGAGCAUCUCGCAGCCCACGCAGACCCCUGGGGACUACAAUAUCAAGUCCACUCAAUUUUGCUGUUUUAUCUGGGAUGGCUUCAGCUGCUGCUGGGAAAGCUGCUCCUUGCAAAAUGGGUUUUAUUAACAGCAUCAGCUGCUCCCUGGCCGUGCCUGUAGAAAUGCAAGACAUUGAAUAGUGCUUCCUCGCCCUCCGUAAGAGCCAGCAAAAGAUGUGGAGUUUUUUUCACCCAUUUUUUUCUCCUACCUCCCAGAGAGAGCUGCCUUUCUCUUAGUUACCUCCACCACCGUUUGACCAACUUCAGUCAGACUUAAUGAAGGAGCCAAGGUCUUCAAACUUCCUAUUUCCCAUGCUUUUUGUGCAAGUAGGCUGCAGCAGGAAGACAAUAUGAGGGUUUUGUGUUUAUAAAUAUAUAGGCAUUUUUAUCUACUGAUGCAGUUUAUAUAUUAUUUAUGAGCUUGUUUUUAUAUACAGAUUUUCCUCCCACGCUAGCCUGGUGCAAUAGGGAAAGAAUAGCUAGGGAGAACCCAUCAGCUUGAAUUUAACUGGCACAAAUUUUGAUUUUUCUUUAACAGCCAAGUAAGGUGUGACUCUUUUGCACAUGGGAAUAUGGGCAGCAGGACACUCUUUUCAUCCCAGAAGAUCUUGGGCCAGGCUGUAGGAAGUAGCAUCUUCUCUUUUGCCUCUGCCUGUGUAUACAACUCACUUCAGCUAGCUGAGGACCAUGUUUUAGCAGCAGGGUCUCAUGAGGAGCAACUGGCAUGUUCUUGAAGAAGUUGUUGAGGCACCUGCAAGUUCACCCUGGUACUGUUCUCCAGCCAGCUCAGCAUAGCUGCCUCUUAUAGUUUGAGACCCAGGUUGCCCCACUUAACCCAAUAACAAGUUGAGGACCCUGUUCUGGAUAAAAGACCAGAUAAAAGGCAAGGGAAAGACACUCCACAAACUGUGCAUAGGAGAUGAAGGUUGCAGAUGGACUAUGGCUUUUUUCCAUCAGCAUGAAGGUUAAAAAUGGUUUGGAUUUUGGUGAUAGCACAGCCAUGUGCCAUUCCUGGUCCUGCCCAUCCUCCUCUGCCCUCUCAGUGAUGCUGAAGGAGAUGAUAACUGGACUACAAAACAGACUGAAAGCACCUGCUUUUAAGAGCUGAGUCACCUACUAAGGCGUAUUGAACUGCAGCUGGAGAUGGUAGGCAAAGUUUUCUAGCUAAAGAGGAAUAAAAUGAGAUUAAUUAAUGCCUGUGGGCUCUGAAAGGAGACAUCUAGUGCCAUGAACUGCCCUGUUCAUCUCAAUGAGAAUGAAUCAUAGAAUCUUCUAGGCUGGAAAAGACACUGAAGAUCAUUAAGUCCAACCCUUAACCUAACCCUGCCAAGUCCACCACUAAACCAUGUCUCUAAGCACUGCACUUACCUUUUAAAUACCUCCAGGGAUGGUAACUUAACCAAUUCCCUGGCCAGCCUGUUCCAGUGCUUGAUUACCCUCUGGGGGAAGAAAUUAUUCCUAACAUCCAAUCUAAAACUCCACUGGUGCAACCUGAGGCCAUUUCCUCUCAUCCUAUCACUUAAGACUUGCAGAAGAGACCAACAGCCACCUUGCUACAGCCUACUUUCAGGGAUUUGUAAAGAGUGAUGAGGUUUCCCCUCAGCUUCCUCUUCUCCAGGCUAAACAACCCCAGUUCCCUCGGACAUUCCCCAAAUGAUUUGUUCUCCAGACCCUUCACCAGCCAUUUCACCCUUCUUUGGAUGUUCUCCAGCACCUCAAUGUCUUUCUUGUAGUGAGAGGCCCAAAACUGAACACAGGAUUCAAGGUGCAGCCUCACCAGUGCCAAGUACAUAGGCAUGAACACUGCCCUACUCCUCCUGGCCACACUAUUUCUGGUAAAAACCAGGAUGCCAUUGGCCUUCUUGGCCACCCGGGCACACUGCUGGCUCAUGUUCAGCUGCUGUCAACCAGCACCCUCAGGUCCUUCUCUGCCAGGCAGCUUUCCAGCCACUAUUCCCCAAACCUGUAGUGUUGCAUGGUUUUGUUGUGGCCCAAGUGCAGGACUCUGCACUUGAUCUUGUUGAACCCCAUCCCAUCAGGCUCCACCUCAUCAAUCCAGCCUAUCCAGAUCCCUCUGUAGAACCUUUCUUCCCUCAAGCAGAUCAACACUCCUGCACAACUUGGUGUCACCUACAAACUUACUGAAGGUGCACUCCAUCCCCUCAUCCAGACCAUUGAUAAAGAUAUUAAACAAGACUGGCUCCAAAACUGAGCCUUGGGAAAUAUCAUUUGUGCCUAGAUGCCAACUGGGCACAAUAUAUUAGUGUCAGUGUUUUUAAUGCUUUCUCUUUAGUUAGAGUGAUAUCAAAUUAGAAUUUUCAGCUUCCAAACCCAUGGGUUUUUUUGGUGGUGUCAACCUACAGUUUUUCUUUCCCUCAU